AUGAAGCUGAAGAAUAUCCACGUUAGACGUAGCGUAGAAAAAACCCAGUCAAAGGCACCUUUUGGGCCGUCCUCUUGUCGCCUGAGUUCAGAAACAGCAUUCGCAUUCACCAUCUUCUUGCGGAUCGACGUGUUUUGGAAUGUCUUGAUUUUGGCCAAGACUUUGGCAAUAGCGCUAGACUGUCCAACCGACGUCUGUGGGACUCUCGAAGCACCUGGGUUGCAAAUAGAUACUCCGUGGCCGGGCAUCUUACUGUAUCCCACGACGUGCAUCGUGCACACCUGCUUGCACCCAACCCCUAAUACCGACACGCCGGGCUCCCUUCUAACGCUCACCGCUCAAGCAUCCAUUUUGCUACAACAAGUAACGUACUUGGUGCGCCAGUCCAAUCUGGCUGAUAACUUAAACCUUGUUUUCGUAACCCCACUGCGAUCCGCCUCGGGCUUCUGGUUCUUAAUAUAUUCUCCCGCGAGAGUCCUUUGA